AUGGCGCCUCACUCAGAUGCCACCGACGGCGGUGACAACGACCCCAGAACGGCACCAAUAGACUUUGUCACACUUGGCAUGUUCAUUAUAGAUGACAUCGACUUCCUCCCACCAACGCCGUCCGUCACGGACAUUCUCGGCGGCGCAGGCACGUACUCGGCGCUGGGCGCCCGCCUGCUGUCGCCGUCGUCGCUGUCCACCACCGUCGGCUGGGUCGUCGACAAGGGCUCCGACUUCCCGCCCGCGCUGGCCAAGCUCAUCGACACGUGGGACACGCACGCCGUGUACCGGCACGACGCGGCGCGGCUGACGACGCGCGGCUGGAACGGCUACGAGGCCGGCGCCGACCAGAAGCGCGCCUUCAGGUACAUGACGCCCAAGAAGCGCCUCACCGCCGCCGACCUGGACCCGGCGCUGCUGCAGGCCAAGUCGUUCCACCUCAUCUGCUCGCCGCUGCGCUGCCAGGAGCUCGUCGGCGACAUCACCGCGCGCCGCCGCGACGUCAUGCCGCGCGAGGCCUACACCCGGCCCGUCUUCGUCUGGGAGCCCGUCCCGGACCUGUGCCACCCCAACGAGCUGCUCAACUGCACAAACUGCCUGCCGCUCGUCGACGUCUGCAGCCCCAACCACGCCGAGCUCGCCGCCUUUCUCGGCGGCGACGGCCUCGACCCGGACACGGGCGCCAUCUCGGCCGACGCCGUCGAGCAGGCCUGCGAGCAGCUGCUGGCCAGCAUGCCCCUGCAGUCGUACGCCUUUGUCGUCCGCGCCGGCGACAAGGGCUGCUACGUCGCCAAGAACGGCGGCCGCAAGCGCAAGAGGCCCGAGGGCGCAAAGACGGCGCGCCGCAAGGCCCUGAUCCACGGCUCGCUGCAGCCCGACACCGACAUGGAGUCGCUGCUGGCCGGCCUGCUGCAGGGCGAUGACGGCAUCGUUGACUCGGAAGAGAUUGAAGUCGAUCCUGGUGUUCAGAAAUGGAUCCCGGCGUACCAUCAGGACGCUGCCAAGGUCGUGGAUCCGACGGGUGGCGGCAACACCUUCCUCGGAGGCUUGUCUGUGGCCCUUGCCCGCGACGAGGACGUCGAGACGGCGGCCAUCUGGGGCACUGUCGCCGCGAGCUUUGCCAUUGAGCAGGUCGGCCCGCCGACUCUGGGCAAGGACGAUAACGGCGAGGAGACUUGGAACGGUGUGAGCCCACUCUCGCGAUUGCGUGAGUUUCAAGACCGCCUAUAA